ACUUAAUCUUAGAACAUCAUUUUAUAAAAUGUCUGAACGUAAGGUAUUGAACAAAUACUUCCCACCUAAUUUCGAUCCUUCGCAGAUCCCAAGACAAAAAAAACCAAAGGAUCUGCAACACAAAGUACGUCUCAUGUCUCCAUUUUCAAUGCGUUGCGAGAGCUGCGGUGAAUACAUUUACAAGGGAAAAAAGUUCAAUGCAAGAAAAGAAACCGUAGAAGGAGAAAUGUAUUUAAAUAUCAAAAUCUAUCGAUUUUAUAUUCGAUGUCCUCGUUGUUCAGCCGAAAUCACUUUCAAGACGGAUCCAAAGAACACGGAUUACGUAGCAGAGAACGGAGCCAACCGAAACUUUGAACCUUGGCGGGGAGAAGAAGAGCCCAGUGGAUCAGAAUCUGAUCCAGAUGAUCCCAUGAAGGCAUUGGAAGACAGAACACUGGAUUCAAAAAGAGAGAUGGAUAUUAUGGACGCCUUAGACGAAAUUAGAACUCGUAAUGCACGAUCGGAACGAGUGGACGUGGAAGAUGUUUUGGAUAGAUUCAGUACAGAAGAUAAGGUUAUCAUUAGUUCGCGCAUGAAACGUGAACAAGAAGAGGACGAAAAACAGGCAAAAUCUAUUUUUGAAAGUGCCGAUGGUGAGCAAGUGCGUAAAUUAAAAGAGGCAGAACCAGACGCGAUUCAUUUAGUCAAUCAAUCUUCAGCUGCCAUGGAGAUUCCUUCGUUUAAACCUUCCGCUAUUAAUAAAAAGAGGAAAACACCUUCAUCUCCACUCGUUAUUGUGAAAAAGAAGAAACCAGAGCCCACCAAGAAUGCUUUAUCCUUAUUAGCAAGUUACGACGACGACUCUUCCUCCUCCUCAGAUUAAACAUUAAAAUAAAUAUAAUAAUAUUACAAGUUUCUGUUUUCCUUUUUA